GGCAAGCUGACAAAAAAUAACAAACGGGGGCAGAAGAACAGCAAUUAAUUUCCUUUUCUUGCUAUCUUCUUCUUCCCCGUCUCAAAAAAAAGAGAGGAGAAAGGGAGAGAGCUUUCUAAAAGGAGGAACUUUUUACAAAAUCAGGGUGUUCUUUUUUUUUGUUUGAAAAAAGGAAGAAGAGAUGAGCGUUUCCUCUGCUCCAUUGGGGCUUGUUCUUCUCCCAUCAAGGUCCCUUCUUUCUUCUCAUUCUCAAUUCCUCUCGCUUGAUUUCAAAGUGGGCUCUCUUCAAAACCCUAGCUUUCUCAAAUCCUCCAUUGGUGGGAGAUGGGCCGCUCAAAGGAGACUGAUGUGGCUUUGUGGAUCGACAAGAGGAGAAAGGGAUGGCUAUUGUUGGAGCAGUCAAGGCAAGGAUGAAGCCUUUACGUUUGGUUCUGACGAGGAGAUUGGUACAAAAGUACCUUCACAAGCUCAGACUCUUGUUGAAGGUACAGGCUCAGUGCUAGUGUCAGAAUACAAACCAAUUCCUGAUCUUGAGUAUCUCCAGGAAUUGUUAGCCAUCCAACAGCAAGGGCCUAGGGCGAUUGGCUUCUUUGGGACCCGCAAUAUGGGAUUCAUGCAUCAGCAGCUCAUUGAGGUUCUUAGCUAUGCUAUGAUAAUAACGAAAAACCAUAUUUUUACUUCAGGAGCAUCAGGGACUAAUGCAGCUGUUAUUAGAGGAGCCCUCAGAGCAGAAAAACCGGAGCUACUUACUGUAAUAUUGCCACAGUCUCUCAAAAUGCAACCACCUGAGAGCCAGGAGUUACUGUCUAAGGUUCAAAACGUCAUUGAGAAACCUCAGAAUGAUCAUCUGCCAUUGAUUGAAGCUAGCAGGUUAUGCAACAGAGACAUUCUCUCUCAUGUGCAGCAAGUCAUAUGCUUUGCAUUUCACGACAGCAGACUGCUCAUGGAAACCUGUCAAGAAGCAAAAAGCCUCCGAAAGAUUGUUACCCUCUUUUACUUAGAUUAAUCUUCAUAGUUGAUAACUGCCAAUACUCUUUAUUUAUAGGGCAAAAAAAAAAAAGAAGGGCUGGGCUCCUUUCUGAGACAUUUUUUCGUUCGUUUUUCUGUUGUCCUUCCAAACUCAAUGAGGGAAAGUGAUGUUGUUUUUGUGGUGGAGGGAGCCUGCUCUCAUUGUUUUUAUUCUUAAUAAUAGAAAGUUAGAAUGGGCAAAGAUUUUGUUUA